AUGAAUUCGUUUCAAGGAAUGUUGAAGGAAAAAGAAGCAGAGUUUUAUAAAACGGCUGGAAUCAUCAAGUCCAAAACGGCUGUGUACGUGGGAAGGUUGAACAAACUGGAGGAGUUUUUAGAACAAGAAGAAAUGCUUGAGCAAAAGUACGAAGAAAUCAAAGAAGACAUAGCUAGAAGAAAGGAAAUUCAUCAAAAACGGUUGAAUGACAUGGAGUACAGUUAUUUGCACAGCAAGACGGUAAUCAAGAGGGAUAAGAUUAAGCAGGCGGUCGAUUUUGGCAUGGAAAUAAGGAGGAAAAUAUUCAUAGAGUCCGAUCCUGUUAUGGAUAGAGUGUUGCAAGAGAAUAACGAAAUCAUGAAAAACCUUCAAGUGUACCAAACUACGGUUACAAAAAUAAACCAAGAGUUUAAAGCUGAGAACGAGAAACUACAGCAUUUACACGGCGUAGGCAAAUCCCUGCAAAUGGAUAGCGCAGAGCUGAUGAUUAAAAAGGGCAGAAUAAAUUGUGAGUUGGACGAGUUAAGGCAGUCGAUAAAAGUGAUGAAGGACAAGAUUGAAACCAUUGAGCCGAACCUAUUAAGGUACCAACAGAUGAUGAAACGCUCUGAAAAAUUGGAAAAACAAACAAAAUUAGCGUUAUACAACGAUCGGCUAAGAAAACAAGACAUGCACGCAUCCAAAGUAGAGCUUUAUGCACUACAAACCAGCAACAUUGAGUAUAAAGAGUAUAAUUUGAAGGCAGAAACAUUAUUCUUAGACACUUUAGCCACGAUCAAAAAAGAAUUUUACAAGGUAACGUAG